AUGUCCAACAACAGUCUAGGCGCCAUACCAGCUUCGGAUUCCGAGUCUGACGGUGUUUAUGAACAAACAGCAAGCGAAUUCGAGUCUGAAAUUGAACUAGAAACCAACGAAAAUGAGCAUGAAAACAACAACGCCGAGUCUGUGGCGUUAGAAGAUCUUUGUCUGAAUGGAGCGGCUUCCGAAGUUCCUUCUCUAGAGCAGAACGACGAAAACGACGUUUCAGACGUUUCAGAGGAAGAUGACUCAGAUGCCCACUCAGAAACCUCCUUCCAAGACAUAACAGACCAGCUGAUCGCCGAGAUUUCUGCCGGCGAGUACCCGUGCCUCAUUUGUACGGAAGAUAUCACACCCAAGUCCAAGAUCUGGAACUGUCCUACCUGCUACAGAGUCUACGAUAUUGACUGCAUCAGUGACUGGGCCGGCCGAGGUCUCAAGGCUCCCAUCCCGCCUGGAGAAGCCAACAAGAACAAGAGACCCAACUGGAAAUGUCCCUCGUGUAAUGGCGCGUUCGAGAAACAGCCCAAAACAUACACCUGUUGGUGUGGCAAGGUGCAGGAUCCGUUCGUCAACGAACUGGUACCUCACUCUUGCGGCCAGACUUGCGGUCAAUCAAUCGAUUGUGUCCAUGGCUGCUCGUCAGCGUGCCACCCAGGACCCCAUGUUGAAUGCUCAGCCAUGGGACCUGUUAUGUCUUGUGCCUGUGGACGAUCUAGACGUCAGUGGCCCUGUGUGCUUACUCCUUACAAAGGCUGGAGCUGCGAGGUUGUCUGUGGCGAAAUCAUGCCCUGUGGAGAACACACGUGUUCGCGCCAGUGCCACACAGGUCUCUGUUCGGUCUGUGUGGAAACUACUCCUGCCAAAUGUUUCUGUGGAAAGACUGAGAAGAAUAUCACGUGUCAUAUGGACGAGGAGAUGCAGAACCAGAACGGUCGGUACUCGUGCGAAGAUGUCUGUGACACACUGUUUGACUGUGGUAUUCACAAGUGUGAAGAAAUCUGUCAUCCGUUUGUCUCCCAUGAAUGUCCUCUAAUCCCCUCCAGACAGACUCACUGUUACUGUGGCCAAACCAAGAAUGAAGAUCUGGGCAUUGAGCGGACUAAAUGUACAGAUGCAGUGCCCACGUGUUCUCUGACGUGCUCUAAAACCCUCUCUUCUUGUGACCACAAGUGUCCCCAAAAAUGUCACUCUGGAGACUGUCCUCCUUGCAAGGAAACAGUCAAGAUGCACUGCUCCUGUGGCAGGCAGACCUUCUCUGUUCCCUGCGGCACCUCAGAAACCCCCAAGUGUACCCACAAGUGCGCAGCUCUCCUGUCGUGCAGAAAACACUACUGCAUGGACGAGUGUUGUGAAUGGGAGGCUGUGGCUAUCCAGCGAGAGAAGCAACGCAAGAAAACAGGCGCACAGAUCCCUGUCGAAGAGCCCAAGCAUCAUUGUGAAAAGAACUGUAACCGACUCCUCAAAUGUGGCAUCCACAGGUGUCCAGAUAGAUGCCACUCAGGAGCCUGUAAGCCCUGCAUGCAGGCCACCUCCUGGGACGACGUCAACUGUCCCUGCGGCCGAACUACCACCUACGCUCCUAUCCGGUGUGGCACUGCUCUCGAGGUGUGUGCUUGGCCCUGUGAACGAGAUCCUCCCUGUGGACAUCGACGUAUCCAACACACGUGCCACAGCGACUCGGAGCCUUGUCCUCCCUGUCCGGUGCUCAUGAACAAACCCUGUCAGUGCGGAAAGAGCACCGUGAAGGGUGUUCGAUGUUUCCAGACCCAGGUCACGUGUUCUCAAACCUGUGGAGAGCUGCUAGCGUGUGGAGUUCACAAGUGCUCGAAACACUGCCACGUACCCGGCGAGUGUGAAGAGUGCACCCACGGUUGUGGCAAGACUCUCAGCUGCGGUCACGUGUGUAAGGCUCCUUGUCACGCUCCUUUCCCCUGCGACGAGUCUGAACUGUGCAAGGAGAAGGUCGAGGUCACGUGCGAGUGCGGCAAUAUUGUUGAGGAGCGUGAGUGCGGUGGUUCCAAGUCAACCAAGCGGCAUGAGGAGGAGCUUCCCUGUUCGGCCGACUGUUACAACAAACAGCGACUCAAGAACAUGGCUGGAGCUUUGGAUAUCGCUGUGACACGAUCGGGUGAGCGAGUCAUUGACUAUGCGGCCAUCAUGUUUGAAUACCCCGAGGAAAUCAUUGACUUUUACAGACAGGAGCCGUCAUUUUGCAUUGAGAUGGAGCAAAAGAUUGCAGCUCUGGUGAACGAUGAGUCGAAGAAGGUUCUGAGGUUCCCGCCCAUGCACACAGCUCAACGAGCAUUCUUGCACCAGCUGGCUGAGGUAUACGGCUUUACCUCCAUUAGUCAAGAUCCUGAGCCGUAUAGAUCUGUUUCGAUUAUGCAGAACUUUCCCUACGCCGCCAAGCCUCCUAUCACCAUCAGGGAUUGUGUCAUGAGGAGAAACAGCUCUGUCUAG